AUGACAGAUAGGGCAAGAGAGGUUCUUAACAUGCUUCUUGGGCCUGAGAGAGAUACUUACGAUCCCUGCAGGCCUACUUCGACGAAGAAGGACGUGUGCAUAUACAUGCUUGUCUCGUUCUGCCCAUUCGAACUGUUCCGAAACACAAGAAGAAGUAUUGGAAAGUGCAGAUAUACCAGCCAUGAGGAGUACUACAAGGCCGAGUACAACAGAAAUGGAAGGGAGAGGGCUGAAGAAUACGAGUGGGAGUUUGUUCGCCUGCUUGUGGAAAUUGUCCUAAGUGUUCAGGACGGGAUCAGGGCACGGGGCCUCGAGGACAGAACAGAUCCUGCUCUCUUUGGAAAGAUCAAGGAGAAGGAGGAGCUGUUCAACAGAGUAUAUGAAAGCGUCGGAGAGCUUGGAAUGUCGGGGGAUGUGGAAAGGGCAUGCUCAGCCUUCAACGAGUGUGAAAGGAUAAGGGAAGAGCUGGAAAGAAUUAAAGAGGCCUACUACGUAAAGAACAAUGGAGCAGGGAUGGAAAGGUGUGGCAUAUGCGGAGUUAACCUGGUUCUGAGCGACACAAAAGCAAAGGUUGACAGGCAUCUGAACGGAAGGCUCCAUAGAGGGCAUCUUCUGGUUAGAAGCAAGCUGGCAGAUCUUUUGAAGAAGUUUGGGAUCUCCAGCGUGGCAGAGAUAUUUCCAGAGGGCUUUUCAUUCAAGUGCUUGAGAGUCCAUCCCUCCCGAGACCCAUCCCUUUAG